UAGAAGGGUUACAAUUUCGAACUACUGCCACGCUCAGAAUGCCAGAUUUAUCUUUUAAAAUUUAUACUAAGGGCCUCUCUUGUACCCGCAAUUGGACAUACGUAAAACUUCUUUUCAAACAGCUUUCUUUGAACCUCAGAGGUGUGCGCGUGGUGCUGCUGUGCGCGCUGGUGGCGGCGCUAGUGUCGGCGCAGCUCACGUUCAGCCGCGACUGGAGCGCCGGCAAACGCGCGCCCGCAGAGACACACUUCGAUUGCAGCCAAUUCGCACAUAUUUGUCGACAGUUUAUUCACGACUUGAAGCAGUCUUUUGGUAAGGUGAGAAUGAACAAACAUCGCAAGGCUGAGCGAGAUGAUCUCUCCUGGGACUAUGAGGAUGAUGAAAAAUGAAUAUUUUAUUAAUUGAAAUGUAAAAAUAUAGUAACCAUAUUAUGUAUAGUGGACAUAUAUGAAUAAAGUUGAAAGCUUCCAGUUAUAAUUAUGUAUAAUUUUGCUUAAAUGCAUAUAUGAAGUG